UAUCUUUCCACUUGUUGCAUCCGAGCAACCUGUCAAUUGCCGUGAUGGCGAAUAAUCCAGGAGAGCUCACAGUGAACCGAGAGGACUUUGAGGAGCCCGGCCGGCCCAAGCAGUCGGGGGAUUUCAAGGUGCAACGCUUGGUGGGGGUUUGGAAGGCAGAGCAUAUCUUGUGCAGACGCUGCGGCCAGAUCUUCAACUACGGCACCAUUACAGGGCCAGUUCUGAAGUGCUCCAACUGCAGCUUCGAGCAGCCCUUCGAUGAGAAGAAGCCGAUCUCCUCGGUGGCCACCGUCUACGAGCGGGUGAAACCACCAUGGUGGAGCACCAGCGCGGAACAGGGCGAUUGGGCACAGAUGGAGGAGGAGGUGACUGAGCAUCCAGAGAUCGACCAGGAAUGCCCCAGUUGUGGUCACAAUCGCUUGCAGUUCUGGACACGACAGCUGCGCUCCGCAGAUGAGGGCUUGAGCGUCUUCUUUCUUUGCAAGAAGUGCGGCUGGCGAACGGUAGAGAAGUGAUUGGGCGGCACCAAAAAAAAUAAAGCGACCGGUCCAAUGGUUGGUGGUGAUGUGGUGAGCCAUUUUGUUGAUUCUGGGAAGCGCACUCUUCACCUUAAAAAACAAGGUUUGAGACAAUGUGUAUAUAAAACAGUUUGUAAAAAGACAUAGCCAUUAGGCUUGUCCGCAGCUGGAUGGCACAUCCAAAUGCAGCACCUCUUGGUUCAAAGUCCUUCCAUGGGCAUGGGCACUCAUGGUUGACAGACAAUCUUUUUCCAGUUGCCCAUGCCCGUGCCCCUCGCGGACAUGUCGUCACCCGCAGUGGCCGUCUUCAACGUGGCGUGAUUGGUCAAUGUGAACCCCACUUCCGCCUUGGCUCAGGACGGUAUCGGUGCAAUUGCCUUGUGAGCUUGGACAGUCAGUGACUCUGAUUGUCACGCUUUGGACAUGUAGCUUUCACGUUCAGUUCUUUGCGCACCUGCUCUUGGCACAAGAAGUGCGUUUGAUGAACGGUGGAGAAGUAAUGCAGAAA